UCUUCCCCCGGACCCAUGUCUAAGUGUGAGGUGCUUACAGGUCUGGAUUUUUUGUCAAGGGAUUCAAUAGAGUCUUCUGCAAUAGGUGGAGAGUGUUUAGCUGGAGAGAAUGACCUUCCACCAGACUCAAUUGCACGUGUUGGAGAAUUUUUCUCAAGUCGUCAGUCUCUUAAAUCUGAAUGGUCUUCUGUAAUGUCAGAUCCAUUAUUUAGGACCAAAUCUCAGAAUGUGGAUAAUUUCUUUGAUGAGAAUGCACUUGAGAGGCGUAUCAAAUAUGACAAUAGAUAUGACUAUUUAGCGGAAAGGGUUAUUAAGGACCGUGGUUUUUAUUUUGAUGAUUCUUUGCGAAAAAGCUCAAGCCAAGAAGACUUCUCAACAAGUUUUGCAAACAUGUGCUUAGGUUUUGAAAGUUAUGUUCGUUCCAAGGAAGAUAAUUGUAGAUUUAUCCAACAACAUAAUCUAGAUGAUGUUCUCUUUUCAAAAUGUCCCGAUAUAUUUAUUGAUGAAACAGAGUGGUUAUGUUUAGACUCGCAUGGUAAAUAUAAUGCCAACUGUUCUGCAGUAACGUCACACCAUAUUUCUUCAGCAAUUUAUGAUGUUGUGGAUGAAGGCCUAAAGGAUCCGAUUAUAUAUCAACAAGAAGGAUAUGUUUGUAAGAGAAGGCCAAAAAGAAGCCAUUCAACUCCACCUUUUUACAGAGGCAAGAAAAAAUUCUUCACCUUAAAUACCCAUUUGGCCAUGGAAGCAAAAAAACUCAAAGCCCAGGCCAUCAAUAAUGCCCCUACUUCACAAGAAACGAGUGGGUUGAAGCAUCCUCAACAAUCAUCUGGUGAAUGUCAACUAUAUUCUGAGCCAAAUUCUGUGGAAGAUCCAUUGAUCUACACCAGACCAAAUAAGAAGAAAGCACAUGACAUGAAGGACAUUAAAAAAUGUGAUACGCAAAAAUCAGAGGAUCUUAACAUUUACAGUAAGGAUUUGGUUGAAGACUGCACAUUGAAGGAAUCUCAUGAUCCAUUAGAUUCUGGGCUAAAAUGGUAGAAGAGCUGUCUGCGGACUGCAAGGGCAGACAAAUUACAUAAUCUUCACAAUGAGAGUAAUAUACUUGAUGUCUCUUCUGGGAUCUUGCAUCUGGCUGGUGAUUCAUUAGUUCCUGAAUCUAUCAAUAAGAAUUGUCUGGAGGAUGCCAAAGUUCUCCAACAGGUGAAUAAGAAGUUCAUUCCAAUUGUGGGUGGUGGAGUGCUUGCUAUAUUGACCAGGUUUAAGCACUGCACUUCUUUCUUUCUUUUUUUCUUCUUGAGAUCCAUCUAUCUCAUGUUUUUAAAUUUUUGAAAGACC